GUUUAUGUUUUGAUCAGAGUUGUGAUUAAAGGUUCGGGUGGCCCGCGAAAGAUUUUCAGAUUUCAAAGUGGGCCGUAGCAUACUUCAGUUUGGGAGCCGCUGUAUUAAAGAAAACUGCUACUCAUACCAGCGUUUGCACACUUUACCUGGAGAAUAUCUGCAACGGGGAAGAUCAUGAGGGUUUGUGAUGAACUAAUGAGGGUUUUCUGAUCGUCUCCCUACUAAAUUCUGUCCAAUGUGAUUGACCAGCUUCUGUCAUGUUGUGAUCUGAAAUGCUGAAAGCUGUUCUCCUUCUACCUGUCUGUCAGUAGUCUUGAACGUGUCUGUAUACAAACACAGACUAAACACUCACCGACAUUGGAGAAGAUUUCUGUCUCUUAGUCCCGAUUCUUUCCGAGAUGGACGUUGGAGUGUCAAAGUCCCACGUGUUUCUCAACUACUGUCCCAGAGCCCUCUUCUCCCAGUGAGACAGGCGUCUUGCAUGUCCCUCGGCCCGCGUCAUCCCAGUGCUCAUCGCUGUUGGUUCACCUCCAGUGCAUUCGCUCUGCGCGUGUGUUGCUUUCACCAGGAUAUCACUAAAAGCCUUGCAAACGUCUGGCGGCCAGUGUCCGGCGGUUAAUCGAAUGGCUGGAGGUCGCCCAACUGAGCUAAACUGCAGCAACUUGUGCUGCAGCAGCUUUCAGUGGUCCUGAGGUCAGAGGUCACAGCAGCUGCAGUUUGGCUUGGUGCGUCUGCACAUGAUGCACUAAACGCUUCUCUGUGUGUGCGUGCAUGUGUGUGUGUGUGUGCAUGUUUUUCUUUCUCUGCUGAGUUUCUUUGCCAGCUUGUUAUUUUUGUAAGUGAUGUAGUCUGGCUGGGUUCUCAAAACGGGGUCACAGGGACCUCCAGGGGUCCGUUAAGUGCACUUUAGGGAGGUCUCAAACUAAACCAGCAACCCUCAUAGGUCAACUGCCUUAAUUCUUCGUUGCAUACUGUAGCAGCCUAAUGUCUAUUUUAUUCUGUACACUGGGUGGCGCUGUUCUUGGGUCCUGUGUGCGCCUAUAUAAUUGAUACUAUAUUGACAAUUGGUAUCAGGUGUUGGACCCGGAGAGCGAAAGGGUUUUGACCGCUGUGGCGACACGAGAGAGUGGCUUCUGCUGGGAACAAACAUUAUACGGCAAAAAUAAAACGCAAGAUCAACAACACACACAACGGGUCGGUGGAUUAUUCCUGCAGGCAGGGGAACGCAGGGGGGACCAAGGCUGGAAGAACUGCGCGUCAGACAGAACUACCCGGGGCAAUCCAGCAGCCCAGGUGGAGCAUACCGCUGGGGGCACGGCGUGUCAUGGAUGCAGUGAUGGAAGGUCCUAAGAACGCCCUGAGCUCUGGGAAAAUGGUGGCUCUGGCCGCAGGGCUUUCCGUCGGGGCCACCGUGGGCUACAUCGUCUACCGCCAUAUAAGCAGCGACAGCCACACUGCUCAGGAACCGAACACUGAGACCAAGAUGACUCUUCCUAUAGAGGUCUAUAGGAACCUAUCCAGAUACCAAGCCACGUUCCUGGACACGGUGGCCCAGAAGUCCGGAGCUCAAUUGAGGAUUGUGGCGGAGCCCGGCUCCCCGGCGACCGUGUGCUUCCUCCUGCACGGCUCCCAGGAGCAGGUGCUGCUGGCCCGCUGCGUGCUGAAGAACCUGGUCUCUGACUGCAGGCCGGUGGUCGAGGCUCUGGAGGUUCCUCAGACCUCGUUUGGGCGAAUAAUCGGCCGCGGCGGAGAGAGUCUGAAACUGAUCACCAGGACCACGGGGGCCAAAGUGACGUGUUCCAAAGAGAAGUCGCAGAGCCCCGGGGCCACAGGCAGCGUGACGAUCACAGGGACCAAGCAGGAGGUGCAACAGGCCAAGGAGCUGAUUCUAGAAAAGGUCCGAGAGGACACAGUGGUGAGGAAAAAGAUCUCGCAGUCUUCUGCCCUGCGGCAGAAACGGGGCCAUACGGCUGUGGAUCAGAGGACAGACGGCGCAGGGACAGAAGCCCCAGUGGUCUCCAACAACAACAACAACAACGGGCCUUUGCCCCAGACACAGAAGAGCAGCCUCAUCCAUGCCAACGGCACCUCAGGGGAACCACACAGUGUUUCUCCCCAGAUGGAGCAGCUUAACGUCACCAACACAUCCAAAAAAGAGGAGCGGCAGCAGCAGCAGGAGGAAGAAGAAGAAGAAGAGGAGGAGGAGGAGGAGUCCACAGACUCGCUCUCUGAAAUUUCCAAAUUUGAAAUUCCCAGCCCGGACCUGAGCUUCCAGCCUGACGAACAUCUGGAGGUCUAUGUUUCUGCAUCGGAGAACCCCAACCACUUUUGGAUCCAGAUCCUGGGGGUCCGUUCCCUCCAGCUGGACAAACUGACCAAGGAGAUGACCCGCUUCUACAGCAGCGGCAGCCCCGCAAGGGUGGAGACCAUCGUGGUGGGGGACAUCGUGGCCGCUCCGUACCACGAUCACAGCACGUGGAAUCGGGCCAGGGUGCUGGGAGCACUGGGCUCCGGACUGGUGGACCUUUACUACGUUGACUUUGGGGACAACGGGGAGCUGCCCAGAGACCACCUGUGCCGUAUGAGGAGUGACUUCCUCAGCUUACCAUUCCAAGCCAUUGAGUGCAACUUGGCAGGAGUGAGAGCAAAAGACGAGCUGUGGACUGAGGCGGCUCUGGACGACUUUGAGCGGCUGACGUACUGCGCCUCCUGGAGACCCCUGCAGGCCAAACUCUGCAGCUACUCCCACUCGGACAUCUCCUCCUGGCCCAGCGUCAAGCUCUGCGACAACAGCCAGGGAAAGAGCGUAGAUAUUGGCGAGGAGCUGGUCCGGCGGGGCCACGCGGUGGCCUUCCAGGAGGGGGGGAGCGAGGGCGGAGAUCUGGGCUGUCUGCAGAAGAUGCUGGACGACGUGAUCGGGGCGUCAUCUGAGCUGAGUCUCUCCUGCAUCAGCUUAUCAGAAGCUGCUUCAAUCUCAGGAAGCGUCGAUGACGUCCUAGGAGACGAGCUGCUCUGAGACCAAAGACAUGAAGAGAUGCCAACGCACUGACCGGCGUCUCCUCCUCGUGACCCCAACUCGACCGUAUAAAUCCUCAUUGUGAAGCCUUAUCGACCGUUUAUUCAGCCAUGUUCACUUUGAUGCUGUUAAAACUGUUAUGUUCUAGCUUCAUGUUCCCGCUGCUUUGCGUAAAUAGUUAUUAUGGUAUGGUUCAAGGAAUGAUGAGAGGAACAAAAACAGAAAGCCAGUAUUUGGAAAAAGCACUGUGAUGAGUGGCCAGUUUUUCAUCUAAAUAUGCCUAUUUUUUUCUUAACUUGUAUGUAUACCUAUAUUUUCAUGGCCUAAAUAUUGGCUUGACAAAUUCUUAUGUUAUAAUCAAACCAUACAGUAUUAUUACAUUUGCUCCACUGAUUUUGUUCAAAAGAUAUAAAUAUUGUAUCAUUAUCUAAUGAGAGAAACAGAACUUUACCUUCAGAGGUGUGUAGACUGCACUAUAUAUGAUAAAGGUUUUAUUUUAUGUCACAA